GCCACCCGAGGCCAAGGAAAAUGAAUGGCUGAGAGAGAAAUUUCUUAGAGAAAUUGAGACGGAACCAGAAGCAUAAGCAAAGUUUUUCCAUGGAGGUCCAAAGCGAGUCCAGUAUGCGACGCCGAGUGAUACUUUUUCCACUGCCUUUACAAGGCCACAUAACUCCUAUGCUUCAGCUUGCAAGUAUUCUCCACAACAAAGGCCUUUCCAUAACAGUAAUUCACACAAACUUCAACUCUCCAAACUCUGUUAAUUACCCCCACUUUGACUUCCACUCAAUCCCAGAUGGCUUGUCGGAAGCUGUAGUCUCUGUGGCAGAUGCCGUAGCUGUUAUGACGCAAGUCAAUGAUAAUUGUGUGGAGCCAUUCCGGGAUUGCCUUUCUAAGUUGCUAUCAAAUGUUGAAGAAGAGCCUAUUGCCUGCUUAAUCACGGAUGCUAUGUUGCAUUUCACUCAAUCUGUUGCUGAUAGCCUUAAGCUCCCAAGGAUCGUGUUACGAACUAGUAAUAUUUCUUCCUUUCUGGUUUUUGCUGGCACUCCACUUCUCCAUGAGAAGGGUUACCUCCCCAUUAAAGAUCCUUUGUCAGAUGCACCAGUGAUCGAGUUUCCACCGCUGAGAGUCAAAGACAUUCCUGUGGUUGAAACACAUGAUCCAGUGAAAGGUCAACAUUUGUUAUUAAGCAUGAUUAGUCAGACCAAGGCAUCUUCAGGAUUGAUAUGGAAUUCCUGUGAAGAGAUUGAACAAGAUGCAGUGACCACAUUAAAACAGGAAUUUCCCAUUCCAAUAUUCGCAGUAGGCCCAUUUCACAAGUAUUUUCCGGCUGCUUCAAGUAGCUUACUAUCUCAAGAUAGAAGCUGCAUUUCCUGGUUAGACAAACAAGCACCUAAAUCUGUAAUUUAUGUAAGCUUUGGAAGCAUUGUUGCUAUUAAAGAAACUGAAUUUUUGGAGAUAGCUUGGGGACUAGCCAAUAGCAGGGUGCCUUUCUUGUGGGUUGUUCGACCAGGAUCUGUACAUGGAGCAGAAUGGCUUGAAGCAUUGCCAAAAGGGUUUCUGGAAAUGCUAGAUGGAAGAGGACAUAUUGUGAAAUGGGCUCCCCAGCAAGAAAUUCUGGCUCAUCCUGCCACAGGAGGAUUCUGGACACAUAAUGGUUGGAAUUCUACUUUGGAAAGUAUAUGUGAAGGGGUCCCCAUGAUUUGCCACCCUAGUUUUGGUGAUCAGCAGGUGAUUGCAAGAUAUGUUAGCGAUGUUUGGAGAGUUGGAUUGCAUUUAGAGAAGAAGCUGGAGAAAGGGGAGAUAGAAAGAGCAGUUAAAAGAUUAAUCCUGGAGGAUGAGGGCCAGGAAAUCAGAAACAGAACUAUGGAUUUAAAGGAGAAAGUGGAUAUUUCUCUAAGGCCAGGGGGUUCGGCAUAUCAGGCUUUAGAGAACUUGGUUAAUUGCAUACAAUCGUUCUAGUUUUCCAAUCCCCCGCUCCUUGAUUCGUGUGCUAGAAUUUGUGUCACUACUCCAAAUCAAAUACUAUAAAAAUUCAUUUUAUUUGAUGUACUUUAUAUUUGAAUUCUGCUUCCUAUAAUAGAAGACUGGAUAAAGAAGGCAAUUGCGUGGAUUUCCAUGUUAUUUAUUGGUAGCAAGGAUUUUUCUAUACUGUUCUUCUCCCUUGCAACACCAGCUUCUGUUCUUGGAAACAUUUCUAACUGAA